AUGGGUAAAGACAGCCAGAUGUCAAUAUACGCGCGUCACUACCCGUGCGAGACGUGCGGUCAGCGCUACCUGCACCCCAUCUCGCUGAAGCUGCACCGCAAGGCCCACGAGGGACUGACGACGUGCCAACUAUGCGGCCGCACGCUCUCCAUGGUGGCGUCGCUGCGCGCGCACCUGCGCACCGUGCACGCGCUCAGCGUGGAGGAGGUGCACCGGCUGGUGCCGACGCUGCCGCGCAUGGUGCGGUACUCCUGCGACCAGUGCGACAGGUCGUACAAGUACAAGGAGUCUCUGUACGCGCACCGCAAGCAGCACCAGGGCCUCACGAUCUGCACGCUCUGUCACAAGACGUUCGCCACGGUCGGCCAGCUGAAUCGUCACGUUCGCAUCAAGCACACCGAGCUGGUGGCGGCCGCGGCCUUCUGA